AAUCUCACAGACAAAUGGCAGAUGGCUUGGUGAUUUUGUAAUUUGUGGUUUUGGAAUUUUCUUUCAAUCGUACGUCAAAUUGAAUCAAAUUGGAAAAAAUUGAUUUUAUUGUUUUAUUUUGAAUGUAUUUGAUAGCAAGAUGCCUGAUAAAGAACAGAUUAGUGUUGAUAGGAUAAGGUGUUUUUUUGACAUAAGUAUAAGUGGUUUACCGUCCGGUCGGAUAUUAUUUGAAUUGUUCAAUGAUGUUGUUCCUAAAACAUGCGAGAAUUUUAGAUCGCUAUGUACUGGCGAAAGAGGGUUGGGGGCUACCACUAAUAAACCUCUUCAUUAUAAGGGAGUCCUUUUCCACCGGGUAGUUAAGGAUUUUAUGAUACAAGGUGGUGAUUUUUCUAAUGGAAAUGGUACUGGUGGUGAAUCUAUUUAUGGUGGAACCUUCGAAGACGAGAAUUUUGAAUCUAAACAUGAUAGAGGUUUUCUACUGUCAAUGGCAAAUCGUGGUAAAGAUACAAAUGGGUCUCAGUUUUUCAUUACAACACAACCGGCUCCUCAUCUCGACAACGUGCACGUGGUUUUUGGACAUGUUGUCGGUGGGAUUGAUGUUGUUCGUCAAAUUGAAGCUCUCCCGGUUGAUGCCAACAGCAGGCCUUUGCAGGAUGUGAGGAUCGUCAAGUGCGGGGAAUUGGUGAAACAGGUGAAAGUGCGGAAGGAAAAGAAGAAAGAAGAGAAAGCGGCAUCCGAGGAUGAAAAUGAGGAGAAAGAAAAGAAGAAGCACAAAAAAGACAAGAAGGAAAAAAAGGAAAAGAAAAAAGAUAAAUCGAAGAAACAAGCCAAAGAAGACGAGAAAAACCUACAUCCACUGGCGAUAGUUACCAACAUAGAUCCGGAAGAUAUACCUGAUGUGCCGGUUAAUAAAUUUUUACUCCGAGGUAACGCAACCAAAGACGAUAGGAAUCAGAAAGAUUCUUCUGAAUCGAAAUCGUUUAAAGAUAGACGAGAUAAUGAUCGAGAGGGAAAUUUCAGGGGGGGAAGACGGAUGUGGGAAAAUAGAGGUUUCAACAGGAGGGGCCCCAUGAAAACCAAAAGCGGUAGGACCAUAAAAGGCAGAGGAAAAUUCAGGUUCAGGACGCCGUCGAGAAGCAGGUCGAGGAGCGUGACGCCGCCGCACUGGAAGAAAGAGGAGAACAGGGUGAUCAAGAUGUCGGAGCUGGCCGAUCGCAAGAACAACCACCAGGAGCUGCAGGAGGCGCAGCAGCAGAGGGGCGGCAGGGAGCAGGGGGAACGCAACACGUACACGCCGGAGAAGAGGCCCGACAGCGGCAGACCGCUGGAUUACAACGCGCUCGACUACGAGGACCAGUCGGACGAGGCGCCGUCCAAGAGACAGGCGGUGGCCAGCCUGGUGCAGUAUCCCCUGAACAACGUCGAGCAGCAGCGGAAGGUCGUCGACCAGACGGUCGUCGUCGAGAAGCGUAAGACGGAGCAGGAGGAGGAGGAUAAGAGGCUGAUCGAGCGCAGUCAGUUCCUCGCGGAGGCCUUGGGGGUGCAGCUGAAGACGGGGCAGGAUCAUCAGGAGCAGACGUCGGAGGUCAAGCAGGCGGCGCAGACGGGUCAGAAACCGGCGCCGACGGUCGCGCACGCCAAGACGGACGGACCGAAGGAUUUCGGCAGGGAGAGGAGGAGGAGAUCUCCCGAGAACGUCAACGCGGAGGAGAGGGGUGGCAGGAACAAGUUCGAGACUGAGAAACCCGCCAACGCGAACGUUGCGAGGAAUUAUCGUACUAACGGUCGACAAGAAGACGUCCGACGACCGCCCUUCAGGCCCGCCAUCAGGGACUUCAGACAUCGUCGUCCCGCCAGACCGCCCCCGUACCAGCCGAGGGGUCGCAGGGACUCCCCCCGAUCCAGGGAGGCGAGAGAUCGAAGACGUAGACGCUCGAGCGACAGAUCCCGAGAGAACAGACGUUCCAGAUCGCCGCCAACGACGCGUAAACGGUCGGCGUCGCGUCAGAGGACGCCCGAUAAGAAGAGGGAAGAUAAGGAUAGGAGGCGAUCGAGCAGGGGAAAGAGCGAAGAGAAACCGGCUGUUAGGGAACGGAGCGAAGAUAGGAAGACGCCGGAGGUGAAGGAGAAGGCGCCAGAGAAGCCGGAUCUGAAGAAGAUUCUGAAGGCGGUCGAGCCCUUGAAACCGACCGAUAGUACCGAGGAAAAGUACAGGAAACUGUUGUUGAUCAGGCAGAAGGUGGAGCUGUUGGAGAAGAAGAGGAAAGAGGAGGAACAGAGGCGUCUGGAGGAAAAACAGAGGAAGGUGAAGGAAGAAGCGGAAAUGCUGGAUAAGGCUAAGCGAGCGAAGAAAGAAGCCCUGGAGAAGGAGAAGCUGCUGAAGACGUACAAGGUGUUGCAAGAGUUGGAUAAAAGGGUAGCCGGUGGGGCCACCAAGAGUAAACGACGCAGCAGUAGCAGCAGUUCGAGUAGCAGUAGCAGUUCUGACAACUCCCCUCGAAGGAAAUCUAGGAGAUCCAGUUCGAGGAGUAAGCAGGAUAAGAAGAGGCCCAGAAGAAGGUCUUCGAGUUCCAGCAGCAGUAGGUCCCCUAGAAGGAGGAAUGCGACUAAGAAAGGACGUUGAAAUUGAGUGUUUAAUAUUAAUUAUUUUUAUUGUACGGAUCAUAUAUUGAAUAAAGCAUUACCAAGUAUUGAA